AUGUCUACCAAAUCCAAAUCUACUUCCUCUGAAACUGCCAACAACAACAAAGCAUCACCAGCAACUCCGAGGGUCAGCAAACUGAGCAGGGGAGUGAUUAAAUCUGAGACUGAUUCACCCUCUCCACUGCAGAACCCACGCCUCUCAGUGGAUCGGUCACCUAGAUCUGUUGCUUCGAAACCUACGGUAGAUAGAAGGUCCCCAAAGCUCAGCACCCCGUCUGAUAAACAACCGACGCGGGUGUUGAAGGGCUCAGAAUUACAGACUCAACUGAACCUUGCUCAGGAAGAUCUUAAAAAGGCAAAGGAAAAGUUAGUUUCCGCUGAGAAAGAGAAAGCGCAAGCACUUGAUGAAUUGAAAGAGGCCCAUAGAUUGGCCGAAGAAGCAAAUGCAAACCUCCGGGAGGCUUUGGUGGCUCAAAAGCGAGCGGAAGAGAAUUCUGAGAUUGAGAAGUUCCGGGCUGUUGAGAUGGAACAGGCAGGCAUUGAGGCGACUCAAAAGAAGGAAGAGGAGUGGCAGAAAGAGCUUGAUGCUGUGAGGAAUCAACACGCUGUGGAUGUGGCUGCCCUUCUUUCCGCCACUCAGGAGGUCCAAAGGGUGAAGCAAGAACUGGCCAUGACCAGCGAUGCCAAAAACCAAGCGCUUAGCCAUGCUGAUGAUGCAACUAAAAUUGCUGAGAUUCAUGCUGAGAAAGUGGGGAUUCUUUCAGAUGAGGUGGUCCGCUUGAAGGGCUUGCUCGAUUCCAGGCUUGCAACAGAGGCUAAUGAGCACAAAUUGGUGGCAGAGCUAAAAUCAGAGGUAGAGACUUUAAAGCAAGAACAUGAUAAAGCAAAAGGUUUCCAGGAGAAGGUGCUGGAACAAGAAGUUUCUUUGGACCAACUUAAUGUUGAGUUGGAGGCUGCAAAAAUGGCUGAAUCUUAUUCCCAUAAUUUAGUUGAAGAGUGGAAAAAGAGAGUUGAGGAAUUAGAGGUUCAGGUUGAGGAAGCAAAUCGGUUGGAGAGAUCUGCAUCAGAAUCCUUAGAAUCAGUCAUGAAACAGCUAGAGGCAAGCAAUGAUUUGUUGCAUGAUGCAGAAUCUGAGAUUGCUUCUCUUAAAGAGAACAUGGGAUUAUUGGAAAUCUCUACUGGAAGGCAGAGAGAGGAUCUUGAGGGAUCAGAACGUCGUUUGGAUGCUGCCAAGAAAGAAGCUUCUGAAAUAGCAAAAAAGGUCGAAUCGCUUAAGUCUGAGCUUGAAACUGUGAAAGAGGAAAAAACCCAAGCCUUGAACAAUGAGAAGCUCGCAGCUGCCAGUGUUCAAACACUAUUGGAAGAGAAAAACAAACUCAUAAAUGAGUUAGAGAAUUCAAGGGAUGAAGAAGAGAGAAGCAAGAAGGCAAUGGAAAGUUUGGCUUCGGCCUUGCAUGAAGUUUCUUCAGAAGCGAGAGAAGCCAAAGAAAAGCUAUUGUCUGGUCAAGCUGAGCAUGAAAACUAUGAAACCCAAAUAGAAUAUCUGAAGCUUGUUUUAAAAGAGACUAACGAAAAGUAUGAAAGUAUGCUUGCUGAUGCUAAGCAUGAGACUGAUAUUCUUACUUAUUCGAUCGAACAAUGUAAGCAUGACUUCCAGAAUUCCAAAGUUGAGUGGGAGCAGAAGGAACUUCAUUUGAUUAAUUGUGUUAAAAAAUAUGAAGAAGAGAACUAUUCUUCUAAAAAAGAAACCAGUAGGCUGGCAAAUUUGCUUAAAGAGGCUGAGGAAGAAGCUGCUGCCACUAAAAAGGAAGCUGCUCAGGUGAAGAAUACCUUGAAGGAAGCUGAAUCUGAGGUGAUUUAUCUAAAGGAAGUUCUUGGGGAAGCAAAGGCUGAGAGCAUGAGGUUGAAGGAGAGUUUAUUGGACAGAGGAAAUGAAUUGCAGAGUAUUAUUCAGGAGAAUGAGGAGCUUCGAGCUAGGGAAGCUGCUUCUCUCAAGAAGGUUGACGAGUUGUCUAAGUUGCUUGAAGAAGCUAUGACCAAAAAACAAGCUGAUGAAAAUGAUGAGCUUACAGACAGUGAAAAAGAUUAUGAUAUGUUACCAAAGGUGGUAGAAUUCUCUGAACAGAAUGGGGAUGGGAGAGCAGAAAAUCCUAAAAUGGAGCUCUCACCUCAACAAUGUGAGCAACCUGUCAAAGUGGCAGAGGACAAGAUCUUGCAUAAUGAGGCAGUUAAGACCGGUACCGAAGUCGAGACUUUGAAUGGUAACCCAAAAGAGGAUGACAACAAAGAAAAGGAAGAUGAUGAUUCGGUAGAGGUUGAAUUUAAGAUGUGGGAGAGCUGCAAGAUAGAAGAGAAAGACUUUUCAACUGAGAGAGAACUAGAGCAGGAAUCCUUUGAGGAGGAACUGGACUCAAAGGCAGCAGCUGGUGAGAGCUAUGACCAGAUAAAUGGGUUAUCUUCAACAGAAAACCUCGACAAUGGUGGAAGUUCACCAACUAAAGAGCAAAAUCAAAAGAAGAAGAAACCUUUGCUUCGUAAGUUUGGAAGCUUACUUAAAAAAAAGGGCACUAGCAACCAGAAGUAA